AUGGCUGAUAUUCACCAACAAUCACGGCAGGCAAUGCAGCAGCAGCAGCAACCGCAGUCCCACCUGGUUGUGAAGGCAGCCACCGCAGCAACCGCUGGUGGGUCCCUGCUAGCCCUCUCCGGUUUGAUUUUAACUGGUACGGUGAUUGCACUCACCGUAGCAACCCCGUUGCUGGUGAUAUUCAGUCCAGUCAUUGUUCCAGCCGUGAUCACUGUUGCUUUAAUUCUCGCGGGUUUCUUAGCGUCCGGUGGGUUUGGCGUGGCAGCGAUCACUGCGUUUUCCUGGCUCUUCAGGUAUGUGACCGGAAGGCACCCGCCGGGAGCGGACCAGCUGGAGCAAGCAAGGAUGAAGCUGGCAGGGAAGGCUAGGGAGAUCAAGGACAGGGCUCAGGAGUUUGGGCAGCAGCACAUCACGGGUUCACAGCAGUCUUAAGAUGGGAUGUGAUGCAUGUACGGUACGUUGAUGGUCAAGAUCGCUGGCAGUGGCAGAGAUGAUCCAACGGCUUUUGAUUUCACAUUAAGUUUGUUGCUGAAGAGUCGUUUGAAGUUUCUUAUGUGUUUUUUCGUGUUAAAGUUAA